UGUCCUUUUUAUAAGGAGACCUUUACAGAGAGGCCUCCUCCUCUCCAGGCCUGUGAACAAGGCCUUGUUGAGGAGAAGCAGGUGGUCCUCUUUUUCAGGGGCAGCCCUUUCUUCCCCAUACUGGUUCCCCCUCCUUUCCCCAAUGAGGAGGGCACAAUAGCUGAGCUAUAGCCUGGGAGCACGCCCUCACUGGGCCUGGGGGAGUGUGGGUUAGGAGUGGAGCCUAUUCCCAGAAGAGCAAAUGCUGGGCCCCCAGCGCUGUCACCUCUUACCAGCCACUAUUCGGUUCCUUGGCAGCAUGGUGGGAGGGGAAAGAAGACUCUGGUACAUGCAUGUGUUUCUGUGGUUGUGUAGGGAGUUGGCUCUGGCUAUAUCCACAUGAUGUACCUGGAGCAUGUCCAAUCUGCAAGUGGGCCUCAUACAGCCCAGCAGUUCCUGGAAGCAGGAUCAUCAGUGUAACCAGCUGAGAGGGCACAGGCAGGACACUGUGACCAGCUGCCUUUUUCAGCCCAGAGCAAUGGAGACAAAUGAUUCCUCUCGAGUUGACUCUGAGUUCCGAUACACCCUCUUCCCAAUUGCUUACAGUAUCAUCUUUGUGGUGGGGGUCAUCGCUAAUAGCUAUGUGCUGUGGGUCUUUGCCCGCCUGUACCCUUCCAAGAAACUCAGCGAGAUAAAGAUCUUCAUGGUGAACCUCACCAUGGCCGAUCUGCUCUUCUUGGUCACCCUGCCCCUGUGGAUCACCUACUACUACCACCAGGGCAACUGGAUUCUUCCUGCAUUCCUAUGCAAUCUGGCUGGCUGCUUCUUCUUCAUCAACACCUACUGCUCAGUGGCUUUCCUGGCUGUCAUCACUUACAACCGCUACCAGGCGGUGACAAAGCCCAUCAAGACCGCUCAGGCCACCACCCGCAAGCGUGGCAUCUCUUUGUCCCUGAUCAUCUGGGUGUCCAUUGUGGCCGCUGCGUCCUACUUCUUUGUCCUGGACUCCACCAACAUAGUGCCCGACAAGACCGGAUCAGGCAACAUCACCCGCUGCUUUGAACACUAUGAGAAAGGCAGCAUGCCGGUCCUCCUCAUUCACGUCUUUCUCGUGUUUGGCUUCUUCGUUGUCUUCCUCCUCAUCCUCUUCUGCAACCUGGUCAUCAUCCGCACGCUGCUCACGCAACCGGUGCCGCUGCAGCGCAAUGCGGAAGUCAAGCGCCGGGCGCUGUGGAUGGUCUGCACAGUCCUGGCUGUGUUCAUCAUAUGCUUUGUGCCUCACCAUGUGGUGCAGCUGCCCUGGACCCUGGCCGAGCUGGGCUUCCAGGACAACAGCUUCCACCAGGCUAUCAAUGAUGCACAUCAGGUCACCCUCUGCUUCCUUAGCACCAACUGUGUCUUGGACCCCAUCAUCUACUGUUUCCUCACCAAGAAGUUCCGCAAGCACCUGACCGAGAAGUUCCACAGCAUGCGCAGCAGCCGGAAAUGCCCCCUGGCCACCAUGGAGACGGGCACCGAAGUGGUCUUGCCGAUCAACCACAUCCCUGCUAAUUCCCUCAAAAAUUAGCCCCUGAUUGAGGAGGAGGCCAGGCCCAGAGGCUUCUCUUUCAUGGACAUUAUGACUGACUUGGGGGGAAGAAGAGGUAUUUGCUGUGGUCUGGGCACCUGCUCCCUGAGUGCUGGGAGCCAUUAGAUAUAGAGGCUCCCUCCCCAAGGUGGGGAUGAUGGAAGAGCCAGACUGCUGGAUGAAUGAACCCCUUGAGCCACCUUUGGGCACCUGCCAUAGUAACCUUGACUGGUGGCCUCAUCCUGAGUGCCUGAUGGCUCUGGGAGCCAGGGACAGACCUUAGGGGCAGACUCUGAGCCUCCCAGUUCACCCUGCUAGGGCAGCAACCCAAGUGAGUGUGACCUAAACUUUUGAGCAACCACUCCCUUUAUCACUGUAAAGGCAGAGAAAGGGGUUUUGGCAAAGGGACACUCCCCUGGCAACAUGGCAGGAUCUUUGGGGCAGACUUUUGAGCUAGGAUGGUGCCACCCUGUCUCCACCCACAGGCACUAGGUCUUUAGUGACACUUGUUAGGGUGGCUCGGUGGAAACUGCUCCCGACUCACCCAACAACCUGUCCUGAAUGGUGACCAGAGAAGAUAAAACGUGCAUAGACUAAACGCUGGGAUGGGGAACUCCUUUCCUGAGGCAGGGUGUCUCUGCACAAGCCUCGCUUCAAGCUUGAGCCAGCUCUUGGGGAGUGGGAGAGACACAAUCACCACAUCCAUCUGUCUGUCUCAGUAAUGGACCUCAAUGGACCUCCUGUUGGCCAGCCACCUACUGUGGGUGGGCAAAGGCUCUUCAAGGCUGAACUCUGGCCAUCCAGGCCACCACAGUGGCAGUGGGAGCUUAGGCUGGGAAAUGCCUGUGUAUUUCCCAGGCCCCCAAAGUGGAAGGAGCCUGUCAGGUCUCCUCCUUGCCUCGCUUUCUAGGGAACCCCUCCUAAUUUAGCUUCCAGGAGGGGGGAGGAACAGUUAUGAUUUCAAGGGCCAGCAGGCACUUUGAAUUCUGGGUGCAAAGAGGAGUGUCAGCUUCUAAAGGAUCUCUAGAUGCUUGUUUGUGAUUUUCAGCAAAUAUAUUCAAAUGAGCCUCCUCUUGCACCCUGAGCUGAGUACCCACUCAGACCCAGGGCUUAGAGGAGACUUCUCUGGUUUCCAGAGCCUUGUGGACCUUCUAGGAAAUCUUCUCUCCCAGAUAGUGUACCCAUAAAGUUAGGAUCCUUGUUUUCUGUCUACUGGGCAAACACUGGGUUGAUUCAUGUUGAUAACUUUCUCCCAGUGGGCCAGAAACUCGCUUGGGUCCACAAUGGUGGCUGUGGGCUGGACUUAACCUGAUGGUGACCAGGUAGAUAGUGCAGCUUACUGGAGCUUUGGUGAACCCAGGUUCACAUCUUGGCUUUGUCACUUCCUGCUGCGGGACUGCGGGCUGAAUUUCCUACCUCAUAGGGUUGUUAUGAGCAGCGAGUUAAGUUGCUGAGGCAGAGACCUCUUGGUCAGGGUGCCUACUCAUUCCAGAUUCUCUCUUUUUCUGAGAAUGUGUUCCCCUCAAUCUUCCUAUAGGAGUUGAAUGGAUGAGAGGUGAGCAUCUGGCUCCAGUUGGACCAGCCAGGUUGUCUCUCUCAGAAUAAGUAGUAAGAUUCAGGGAUGCUAUUUCAGGCUCACCUGAAGAUAUAUAAACUCUGGACCUAUGAGUGUGUGUGCAUCUACGUGUAUAUGUGCUGGGUUUGGAGGGUGGCAGAGGGCAACCACCUACAUGAGUAUACUAGAGAAAAAGGCUCUGCUCAGAGAGAAGCCGGAGAUGUGCACAGCCAAGCAGAGACCAGAGGGAGACCCCGGGGGCCUGGAGAGAGGAGGGGGCAGUGCUUCCAGGGGCCUGCCCUCUCCUCCUCCAGGCCAAGCCCUUCUUGAGGCACAACUGCACUUUUCCUUUGUGGCCUGUGGUUAGGAUACCUUCCUUGUUAGGAUUCCUUCUCUUAUCUUGCUUAAGCUGAUUUGAGUUAUGUAUUGCAACCAAAAGAGCUCAGAACAAGAUAAAUGCUUAUAUGCUAAAGCACAGUGUUUCUCGAAUUCCAGUGAUUUGUGUACCCCCCUCACAGUU